AUGGACACUUCGUACUGGGAGAAUCUCCUGCUGACCAUCAAUCGGUUCUUUGGCGUGUAUCCAAGUGGGAAAAGGGGCGUUCUCCGCUGGAUCCACUCCCUUUGGAGCCUGUUCCUGCUUCUGUACAUCUGGAUUGGCAGCAUUGUCAAGUGCCUAGAGUUUACAACGGAGAUACCCACGAUUGAAAAACUCCUCUACUUGAUGGAGUUCCCGGGAAACAUGACAACCAUUGCCAUUCUGGUUUACUACGCCAUAUUGAAUCGUCCUCUUGCUCAUGGGGUGGAGUUCCAAAUUGAUUGCAUAAUCUCAGGACUCAAGGGAAAAGCUAAGCGUCUGGUCUAUAAGCGACAAGGUCAGAGGACUCUACAUCUAAUGGUGACCACUGCAAUCUUUCAUGGCUUGUGUGUUCUGGUGGACGUGGUGAACUAUAAAUUUGACUUCUCGACCACUUGGAGCAGCAAUAGUGUCUACAACCUGCCUGCCAUAAUGAUGAGUCUGGGCGUACUCCAAUACGCCCUUCCCGUCCACUUCCUCUGGCUGGUGCUGGACCAGAUGCGGAUGUGUCUAAAGGAGCUAAAGUUGCAGCAGAGACCACCGCAGGGUACGACCAAGUUGGAUGCCCGAUACGAGUCCGCUUUUGCAGCUCUAGUAGACGUGGGUGGAGGAUCCGCAUUGAUGAUUGAAGAGAUGAGAUCCGCCUGCAAUCUUAUUGAGCUUGUCCACAACAAGUAUCUAUCGAGAUUUGGACCUUUUCUGGUGCUAAACCUAAUCAAUUCCCUGAUCAGCAUUUGUGUAGAGUUUUACUUGAUCUUCAACUUCUUUGAGACUCCUCUCUGGGAGGAGACCGUGUUGCUGGUAUAUCGCCUGCUCUGGCUGACCAUGCAUGGCGGACGUAUCUGGUUCAUCCUGGCGGUCAACGAGCAGAUCCUGGAACAGAAGUGUAACCUCUGCCAGGUGUUGAACGAGUUGGAGGUGUGUAGCGCCCGUCUGGAAAGGACCAUUAAUCGAUUUUUGCUGCAGCUCCAGAGGAGUAUUGACCAACCCCUGGAAGCCUGUGGAAUCGUCACGCUGGACACUCGCUCUUUGGGCGGGUUUAUCGGCGUUCUGAUGGCCAUUGUCAUUUUCCUCAUACAAAUCGGCCUGGGCAAUAAAUCGCUAAUGGGUGUCGCCCUCAACAGAUCCAAUUGGGUUUACGUUUGA